UGGAAUGCACGCGCUGCCACUCAGGCGCAUGCGUCUCACUUUACUCCUUACCCUUUGAAAACUCGCACAGAGAGCUCAAUUGAAAGACUAUGUCCGCCAUCGGGCGUCCACAGUCCUCGGUGUCCUUAUUUAAACCAAAUUCUCCAUGAAAUAGCAUUAUCCCGUGGCCUCAACAAUGGCCAGUUCGGGUGCCGUUCAGGUGAAACUGGAACUCGGUCAUCGUGCCCAGGUCCGAAAGAAACCCACUGUGGAAGGUUUUACGCACGACUGGAUGGUGUUUGUUCGCGGACCCGAACACAGCAACAUUCAGCACUUUGUGGACAAAGUCGUGUUUCAUCUACACGAAAGUUUCCCAAGACCAAAAAGAGUGUGUAAGGAUCCACCAUAUAAAGUAGAAGAGUCUGGAUACGCCGGCUUCAUCUUGCCAAUUGAAGUUUACUUCAAAAACAAGGAAGAACCAAAAAAGGUGCGCUUUGACUACGAUUUGUUCCUACACUUGGAGGGCCAUCCACCUGUCAAUCACCUGCGUUGUGAAAAGCUCACAUUCAACAACCCUACUGAAGAGUUCUGCAAGAAGCUGCUCAAGGCCGGAGGGCAACGUGAUCCUCACAAAAGAAAUUCAGAGGACUCUAAAGUAAUGGUAAUGCAGGAGGGCUCCACUUCUCUGUUCGGUCAGCAUCUCAAGCUGCCCACAUUACCCAGCAGCUCAUUAACAUUGACCUUCUCUGAUGUGAAAAAGAGCAAGUCCUUCCCAGGGUCAAAGGACGGGUCCAAAAACAGCAGUGCUCUUACUACAACAAACAAUAUCAGCUGCAGCUCCCUAAAGCUCCAUAAACAGUCCAAGGAGCACAAGGACAAGCCUUCCAAAGACUCAAUAGAGUCCAAAAGUGCCUUCAGAGAUUUCAGCAAGGACUCUGGAAAACUCUCAAAAGAUUCUAAGAAACCCAAAGAGAAUCAGCCUCUUCAGGAAGAUCACCCUGUUCCUCAGAUGGGAUUCAAGGAGCCCAAGGCCUCGUCAAAGGAGCAGCGGUCAUCAGAGGUCAGCUUCUCAAACUUGGGACAUAGUAAACGGCGGCCUGUGUUGGACAGUGAAGGCCAUGUUACCAAAAAACGGAAAAGCAGUUUUUCAGAGAGCUCGCAAAAGCUGCAUGCUUGUCCCACCUCGCUCCAGCACCACCAUUCGGAUAAAAAGGUUCUGAAGGACAAGUCGCAAAUCCGACAUAGUAAGUUACAAAUUAGUGAACCUUCAGAGAAGAGGAAACCAGCGUCAUUACCUCCCUUUCAGGGUGUGCUGGACCAAAAUGACUCAGACAUGGAGGACAGCAUGUUCACCAGAUCAGAUUCGGAUCAACCCAGUCCGGCCAGCUCCAGUUCCAGUUCAAGCUCAGGCUUUGGACGCACACACAAACGGCAAGUGUUGGGUCCUUUACGGACGGUAAUCCCAGAUUUGCACUCGGAUGAAAAUGAAGAGGAAUCAGAGGAGGAGGAUGAUAAUGACAUGGACUCAGACUUGGAGCGACCGUUACACAUGCAAAUGACACAUCGCCACCGCAGGGUGAGUUUAAGUGAUGGCAGCGACAGUGAAAACAGUUCUGCCUCUUCACCACUUCCCCAUAAUGACCCUCCAACUCUGCUGAAAGCAGCUAAUAACCAGAUACUAGAAGUAAAGAGUCCCAUUAAACAGGCAAAGGUGGACAAAAAUAAAAAUAUUGAUUGUGACAAGGCAUAUUUGGAUGAGCUAGUCGAGCUUCACAGAAGACUAAUGACACUACGGGAGAGGCACAUAUUACAGCAGAUUGUGAACCUCAUUGAAGAAACGGGACACUUUCACAUCACAAACACAACGUUUGACUUUGAUCUCUGCUCUCUGGACAAAACCACUGUUCGGAAGCUGCAAAGCUACCUGGCAACUUCUGGAUCAUCUUGAAGACUUGUGCAGCUGGCUGCCAUGAGGAGGACUAUCAGACCUCCUUUUUGUUUUUCUCUUGCAUAAAAACUUAUAAGGCAAUGGAAAGGAUGUUACUUCAUCCAAGAGCUCCUCCGGCCUCUCUGUAUGCCUCAGAAUUUGACAAAAGAUGAUGACUUAUGUCUAGAGGUUCUUAUGGUCCACUUGGACUUCACACAAAACACCUUGAUAAUUCAACAUUGCCACACAAAAAAAAAAAAAAAAAAAAAAAAAAUCUUGCUCCAAAACAAAAUACAAUUGUGUAUAUUGUUAUUAUGUAUGAAUGUUUGAUAGGUUCUUUGUAACGAAUGCAUGUUUCAACACUGCCUUACCAUGUUGUCUAUUUAUUGAAUAUGAGUUUCAAGUGUGUGUGUGUGUUAGAGCAAAUGAUAUUAAACUUGUGCAAGCACUUGGGAACAAUCAUCUCAUUGGCAUGGAAUGGUAAUGGAACAUCAGAAGUUUUGGUCACCAGUUUUUCUCUUAACUCAAUGUGAAAAAAUUCACUGUUUUUAUUGAUCAGAUUUUUUCAUUAUUGUUGUACAUCAUGAAAAAUGAAUGGUUUCAGAACAAGCUUUACUUUGAUGUGAACCUUGAGGACUUUCAGCCCUAUUAUUCAAUGAUUUGCAGAUUGUCAGCAAAUUAUUUCUAGUUCGUGUCAACAGUGAAAUGUUGAGAUGUCAAUAAGUAAUGGUAUUAUGAAAAAUAAGGCAGGAUACAUCUUGAACAAAAACCAGGGACCUCUAACCCAAAUGUUUCACUUAAAAAUUGUUUUAUUAGAAAAGUGUAUUGUUGAAUAUUCAAUGUUAUUUAUUUUUUUCUGGGGACCACAAAUCCCAAGACUGUUCAUUGGUUUUCCCCAAACCAACGGGAACAAGCCAAGUUCACGCUCUUUAAUUGUAGCUUGGUAGUUCUUUGUUAAACUGAGGAAAUCAAAAGUAUUGAGAUUUACAUUUUAAGUCCAUUGAUUGAUGUUUUUCAUUUCUUCUCUUUCUUUCUUUUUAAAUAAUUGAAUGAAUUAAGGCCAAUAUGAGCAGAUUGUGCAGUUGAGCUGUAGCCCACAAACUCUGCAUAGAGCAAGAGCAAUAUCUUUCAAUUUCAUUAUAUUUAUAAUGUCGAUUCUGAUUAGCCAGUCUGUUGGGCAUUUAGAUAUUUUGGGAGACCCGAUGGUGGUGGGGGGAAUGAGAGGGCAGACUGAAUAAUUGACACUGUGUGUAGUGAAUACAUUUUUCAGCAAAAAAAAAAAGUUGGGGAUUUUGUUCUUAUUGUUUUUCUGAAUGAAAUCAUGCCUUGAACACUU